AUGGAUCCCGAGGAGCAGGAGCUGCAGAAUGACUACCGUUACCGUAGCUACGCAGCUGUCAUCGAGAAAGCCCUGCGGAACUUUGAGUCGUCCAGCGAGUGGGCUGACCUCAUCUCCUCUCUGGGCAAGCUCAAUAAGGUAUGGAUGGCAAGGCUGGUACAAUAUAUUGAGUCUGGAGGUCAGACAUCAAGCCACUCUACACUAUUGAGUUGCACCCAUGAUGUGACAGAUGAAAUUACUUUGUCAGUGGUGCAUUCAUAGUUGUAUUUCUAUCCUGAUUUGCAUUUUCUCAGUGUGUUCGUGUCCUGUCAGAGUAGAAGAGCACUGCUUAUUCUUUUGCAUUGACGAGAUAGCCAGGCCAUUGGUCUCUUGAUCAGUGUAUUGCCAUUAGUGUUUUAAUCGUUAUUUUGUGUAUGUUGCUUUGCAUUGAGAGCAUUUGCAUCAGUUUAACAGUUCUGUAAACAAAGCAGGCUAGGCCUAACUGUGAGCCUCAGAAACAUAUCUAGUCUUGAGUGUCCAAUUUGAAGCUCAACAACAUACAUAUUAUAUGUGGUAAAUCUGUGUAAGAGUUCAUGGGCGUGUGUAUGUGUUCUUCUGCUUGUGUGUGUGUCUGUGUGUGAGUGACUCUCUGGCUCUGAGCCCAGACACUACCUGCAGUCACUUAUCCGGCCUUGCUGGCGUUGCCAUGGUUGCAUCUGGUUCUGUCUGGAUCUGGCUCCACGAUCAGUGGACUGUGAGAUGGAAAACAUUCCCAAUCUAUCAAUUGAGUUUCAAAAAAUUAGCCUACAUCAGUGUUCAUUCAUUUAGCCCCCAAUCAUUAAAUGGAGAGGAUGAUAGUCUAUCCCUUUUACUGAAUAAUGUAUUUACCAAACACAUUAUUCAAACUCUUAUUGACCUAUCAUAAAGUGUGUAUAGAUUGCUUUUGCAAGCACUCAGUUUCAUGUUUCUUGUAAAUUGUUCUACUUCAGUAGCCCAGAAUACAUGGCCUAACUCUCUGUCCCCUGCUCCACCCAAAGGGACUUUGGACAGUAGUGGGUCCCUGCUUGUGACACAUUUAGCAAGAAGGAUGUUUGCUUAGGAGUGUUAUGGUAGAAUGGCUGUGUGUUGAUCUGUGUGUGUCUUGGUUCUAAAGUAAACAAAGCAAAUUACACAGUAACAAGGUAGCAUGGUAAUUGUACAAUAAUUAUACAAUAAUUACCAAUGAAUUACGUAUUUCUUUGAUAUUCAUUAAAACACCACUAACAAGCACCACUGGCAUAUCUCUCUCUGUCCCUCCCCCUAGGCCCUGCAAAGUAACCUGCGCUACUCUCUGCUGCCCCAGAGGCUGAUCAUUGGGAAGCGUCUGGCCCAGUGUCUGCACCCGGCCCUGCCCAGUGGAGUGCACCUCAAGGCCUUGGAGACCUAUGAGGUCAUCUUCAAGAUCAUCGGCACCAAAUGGCUGGCCAAGGACCUCUUCAUCUACAGGUGUGGGACUCAUGCUAACCAGCACUAACCCAUUGUGUGUGUGUGUGCGUGCAUGCAUGUCUAUUGUCCUGAUUUGUUUGAAUGCCUAUUGACCAAUGUUAGUGUGUUUUGGGGGGAUUUGUGUGUUGUUCUCCUGUACUGUAUGUGUUAGUGUGUUGUAUUGAUCUCUAUCAUGUGUGUGUUUUAGCUCGGGGCUGUUCCCGUUGCUGGGCCAUGCUGCGAUGGCAGUGAAGCCAGCCCUGUUGACGCUGUAUGAGCGCUACUACCUCCCCCUACAGAGGGCCCUUCUGCCCAGCCUACAGGCCUUCAUCACUGGGCUACUGCCUGGCCUAGAGGAGGGGGCUGAUGUCUACGACAGGUACACACACACACACGUAACUGUGUACCAAAACAGAGCUAAAAAUAGCUCUCCCAUAAAUAUUGCAUAAUAUAACAUAUCCUCUUCCUUUUCCCCCUCUCUUAAACUUUGAUCUCUCUCCCCUCUCUCCCUUCUCUCCCCUCUUUCCAGGACGGAUGCGUUGCUACUGAGGCUGUCUCUGUUAGUGGGCCAGCAAGUGUUCUAUGGGGCUCUGUGGGGCAGUGUGUUGGUCAGCCCUCUGGUCCGGCUGCCUGCCUCUCUCUUCAUCGUCACACACUUCGACCGCUUCACCCCACCGCGCCAGCAGACAUGCAUGCUGGGCUAUAACAACCGCUUGGUGGUGAGUUGGUGUGUGUUUCCGCAUGUUAAUGCGAGUAUGAGUGUAGGGUUGUGUCUGCCAUGUCGGAUACGUUGUAGAACCUCUCUCUCCCUCUUUCUCCCAGGUGAAGGCGUUGUGUCUGUCUCUGCAGGACUCUAAUGUUCUGGUGCAGAGGAAUAUGCUGGAGAUCCUGCUCUACUUCUUCUCCUUGGCCACCUGCCUGGUGAGUAACAUUUCCUCCUCCUCCUCACCUUCUUCUCCUCCUCACCUUUUUCAUCUUAUCCACCCUGUCCUGCUCCUCCACUUCUCCUCCCUCCUCCUCCUCCCUCUUCCUUCUCUGCCUCUAUAUUAUCUUCAUCUUCAUCCGCUACCGUUUCCUUCUCCCUCUGCUUUUCUCUCUCUUCAUUAACACCUUCUUCCUCCUCCCUGUGCCCCAUGUGUAACUGUCCCUGUUGUUCUCUCAGGACCCAACAGAAGGCAGUAUUCCUAUGAGCAGGGAGGACACAGUCACAGUGGUGUCUGCUGCUUCCCUCACGCUGCUCCGCAGAGACAUGUCCCUCAACAGACGCCUCUACGCCUGGCUGCUAGGUAGCUACUGUGGAUAGACAUGCACCACACACACACACACACACACAUGCAAUGAAGUUAUGGUUUUGAGUCCUAGUCUAGCAGUAGGCCUGAAUAUAGUUCACUGUGUAGCUAAUAAUAGCUUUAGUUGUAGCUAAUGUUGUUAAAGUCUAGGUAAUACAUUUAUCCAUAUAGCUUAAAUUCUUUACUCCUUGCCUUUCAGAGACUAAAAUGUAUGCCUUGGUAUUAUACAGUGUCUUCAAAAAGUAUUCAUACCCCUUGACUUAUUCAAUAUUUUGUUGUGUUACAGCCUGAAUUCAAAAUAGAUUAAAUUGAUUUUUUUUCUCACCCAUCUACACACAAAACAUGUUUUUAGAAAUGUUUGCAAAUGUAUUGAAAAUGAAAUACAGAGAUAUCUCAUUUACAUAAGUAUUCACACCCCUGAGUCAAUACUUUGUAGAAGCACCUUUGGCAGCGAUUACAGCUGUGAUUCUUUCUGGUUAAGUCUCUAACAUUUGCCCAUUAUUAUUUUCAAAAUUCUUCAAGCUCUUUCAAAUUGGUUGUUGAUCAUUGCCAGAUAACCAUUUUCAGAUCUUGCCAUACAUUUUCAAGAAGGUUUAAGUCAAAACUGUAACUCGGCCACUCCAAAACAUUCACUGUCUUCUUGGUAAGCAACCAGUGUAGAUUUGGCCUUGUGUUUUAGGUUAUUGUCCUGCUGAAAGGGGGAUUAAUCUCCCAAUAUCUGGUGGAAAGCAGACUGAACCAGGUUUUCCUCUAGGAUUUUGCUCCAUUCCAUUUCUUUUUUAUCCUGAAACUUCCCAGUCCUUAACGAUUACAAACAUACCCAUAACAAGAUACAGCCACCACUAUGCUUGAAAAUAUGGAGAGUUGUAUUGGAUUUGCCCCAAACUUUGUAUUCAGGACAAAAAGUUAAUUGCUUUGCCACAUUGUUUGCAGGAUUACUUUAGUGCCUUGUUGCAAACAGGAUGCAUGUUUUGGAAUACUUUUAUUCUGUACAGGCUUCCUUCUUUUCACUCUGUCAAUUAGUUUAGUAUUGUGGAGUAACUACAAUGUUGUUGAUUCAUCCUCAGUUUUCUCUUAUCACAGCCAUUUAAACUCUAACUUUAAAAAGUCACCAUUGGCCUCAUGGUGAAAUCUCUGAGCGGUUUCCUUCCUCUCUGGCAACUGAAUUACGAAGGACGCCUGUAUCUUUGUAGUGAUUGGAUGUAUUGAUACACCAUCCAAAGUGUAAUUCAUAAGUUCACCAUGCUCAAAGGGAUAUUCAAUGUCUUAUUUUUACCCAUCAAUAGGUGUCCUUCUUUGCAAGGCAUUGGAAAACCUCCCUGGUCUUUGUGGUUGAGACUGAGGGACCUUACAGAUAAUUGUAUGUGUGGGGUACAGAGAUGAGGUAGUCAUUCAAAAAUCAUGUUAAACAAUAUUGCACACAGUGAGUCAAUGCAACUUAUUAUGUGACUUGUUAAGCAAAUUUUUACUCCUGAACUUAUUUAGGCUUGCCAUAGCAAAGUGGUUGAAUACUUAUUGACUCAAGACAUUUCAGCUUUUCAUAUUUAAUUAAUUAGUAAAAAAGCAUAAUUCCACUUUGACAUGGAGUGUUGUGUGUAGGUCAGUGACCAAAAAAAUCAAAAUUUAAUAAAUGUUCAAUUCAGGCUGUAAGUCAAGGGGUGUGAAUACUUUCUGAAGGCACUGUAAAUGACUGUAUGUGUGUGUGUGGUGUGUUGCUGUUCGCCAGGCACAGACAUUAAGGGGGGUAUGGUUGCUGCAGACCCUGACCUCUCCAUGUCCAUGGAGGAACACACAGCCUUCUACUUCAACACCCACUCCAGAGAACUGCUAGUGCAGGUCAGACACACUAACACUACUGUUGAGCAGUUAUAUAAAUAAUUCUGUUACAGAGGAUUAAAACUCAUGAAGGACUUCUCGAAAAACCCCUGCCCUUAAAUGCAAGUCACUCAUUCAAAUAUGAAAACAAUGAGACCUUGGAUUCAGUAAAUAACCGGUGGUGUAACCUUGUGUAUGUGUGUCCUCUGUUUCUCUGUCCUUAGGCUUUGAUCAACAUCCUGAAUCAGAAGGAUGUGGAGGCAGACCCGGAGAGCGUGAUUGGUUAUCUCCGACCCUUCCGUAUCAUCAUCAGCCUCAUGGAUAAGCCAGAGAUAGGUAGUCACACACACACACACCUCCCCUCCCUCAGGCCUAAACGUACACACCUCCCCUCCCUUACAUUUUACAUUUACAUUUGAGUCAUUAAGCAGACACUCUUAUCAAGAGCGACUUACAGUUAGUGCAUUCAUCUUAAGAUAGCUAGAUGAGACAACCACAUAUCACAGUCAUAGUUUGGAGGGCCAAGAGACCAGAGGUGGCAGAACAGAGUGGUCGGGUUGGGGUGUAGUGUUUGAGCAUAGCCUAAAGGUAUGGAGGGCCAGUUCUUCUUGCUGCUCCAUUGGCAAGUACCAUGGUCUAGGAUAGAAGAGGUGAGAGUAGUGGGAGAGAGAUAGCAAAGAUUGCGACGGCACAUGACCAUCUGGGUAGGAGCUGAGUGGCUAGGGUUGGAGGAAAGGUAGACAGUAAAGGAAACUAAGUAGUGAUCAGAGACGUGGAGGGGGGUUGCAGUGAGAUUAGUAGGCGAACAGCCUCUAGUAAAGAUGAGGUCAAGCAUAUUGCCUGCCUUGUGAGUGAGAGGGGACUGGGAAAGGGUGAGGUCAAAAGGCAAGGAGUGGAAAAAGAGAGUUGGAAAGAAAUUAAUCUAAGGCAGAGGUUAAAGUCACCAAAUACGAAGAGCAGUGAGCCAUCAUCAGGAAAUUAGCUUAAUCAAGGUGUCAAGCUCAUUGAGGAACACUAAGGACACCUGGUGGGCAAUAUAUUACAACAUUGUUAAGCUUGAGUGGACAAGUGACAGUGACUGCAUGGAAUUGAAAUGAUAGAAAGUCCUCUCUUUCCUUCCUUGAACAACUCAGCAGAACAGAACCGUCUUUGUUUCGGUGACGAUCUUCGUUUUGCGACUAGAUCGCUGCUGAGGAAACGGGAGACUGAAUUACUAAUACUAAUUGCUAAUUGCUUGCAAAGGUGACUAAUUGCUGACUGCCUAGUAGAGGAGAAACCAUUCCCCCUCCAAUAUAGCCACUGAUUACGAAAACAACAACAGUCACAAAUUGCCCUGCCCCUUAAUCCUGGUUGAUGUGUCAACAAUCAUCUGCAAGUUAUGAGCAGUCAGCAGUUCACACACCAAUAAUAAUAAUAUGCCAUUUAGCAGACGCUUUUAUCCAAAGCGAGUUAGUCAUGUGUGCAUACAUUUUUGUGUAUGGGUGGUCCCGGGGAUCGAACCCACUACCCUGGCGUUACAAGCGCCGUGCUCUACCAGCUGAGCUACAGAGGACCACCAAGUAGGCUACUGGGAAGACAGGCAGCACUUAAAUUAGAUGGCCUUAGCUAGCAAAAAGACAGUACUAGACAACAACAACAACAACAACAACAGAUAAAGAAAAAUAUGAUACUUAUCACUCCUGGAGAUAUCAUGAGUCCUCUAGCUAUAGAAUGAAGCUUUGGCCCAAACACACACACCUCCCUCACCUCCCUUAAGCUUUCCGGAUGCUUCGGUUCGGCUGGUGACUAGUCGAACUCGGCUAGGCGAACCGAACGAGUGUGCUCGCAUACUCCUUUAAAAGACUGCAAUAGUAUUUACUCAAAAUAGACAGAAUUAAUCUAAGAAAACUCAAGAAAUGUCAUUCAUUUAAUUUCUUGCUGAGGACAUCUUACAUCUAUUCAAUUUACAUCUAACUAAGAUGUUUGUUGCAGUAUUUCUCAAGUGAAAAAAAUUGUAUGAAAAUGAUUAGUCUCUCAUUGAAUGACAACAAACACUUAAUUGAAGAAUCCCUACUGUUGACCCAUCACUGACGAAGGGGUGUAGACUUCGGCUACCGACUUCGACUUGCCUCUAAAAUGUUUUGUGUGCAUUAACAGCUGAGAAAACACUUGCUGAAGACCAAAACAAACAAACAACAUCACAAAAUGUCAUCAUAAUGUAUCACAUUUAUUUAUAAAGCCCUUUUUACAUAAGCAGAUGUCACAUAAUUCUAUACAGAAACCCAGCCUAAAACCCAAAACAGCAAGCAAUGCAGAUGCAGAAGCAGGGUGGCUAGGAAAAACUCCCUAGAAAGGCAGGAACCUAGGGAGAAACCUAGAGAGGAACCAGGCUCUGAGGGGUGGCCAGUCCUCUUCUGGCUGUGCCAGGUGGAGAUUAUAAGAGUACAUGGCCAUUUAAGGCCAGAUUGUUCUUCAAGAUGUUCAAACGUUCAUAGAUGACCAGCAGGGUCAAAUAAUAAUCACAGUGGUUCUAGAGGGUGCAACAGGUCAGUACCUCAGGAGUAAAUGUCAGUUGGCUUUUCAUAGCAAGGGCAGUUCGUCGCUCCAGUGCCUUGCCGUUCACCUUCGCACCCCUGGGCCAGACUACACUCAAUCAUAGGACCUACUGAAGAGAUGAGUCUUCAGUAAAGGCUUAAAGGUUGAGACCGAGUCUGCGUCUCUCACAUGGAUAGGCAUACCAUUCCAUAAAAAUUUAGCUCUAUUGGAGAAAGCCCUGCCUCCAGCUGUUUGCUUAGAUAUUCUAGGGACAAUAAGGAGCCUGCGUCUUGUGACCGUAGUGUACGUGUAGGUAUGUACGGCAGGACCAAAUCGGAGAGGUGGGUAGGAGCAAGCCCAUGUAAUGCUUUGUAGGUUAGCAGUAUAACCUUGAAAUCAAGGUUUAACAGGAAGCCAGUGUAGAGAGGCUAGCACUGGAGUAAUAUAAUACAUUCUUUGGGUUCUAGUCAGGAUUCUAGCAGCCGUGUUUAGCACUAACUGAAGUUGAUUUAGUGCUUUAUCUGGGUAGCCGGAGAGUAGAGCAUUUGAAGUAGUCUAAUCUAGAAGUGACAAAAGCAUGGAUGAGCUUUUCUGCAUCAUUUUUGGACAAAACGUUUCUGAUUUCUGCAAUGUUAAGAAGAUGGAAAAAAGCUGUCCUUGAAAUAUUCUUGAUAUGUUUGUCAAAAGAGAGAUCAGGGUCCCGAGUAACGCCGAGGUCCUUCACAGUUUUAUUUGAGACGACAGUACAACCAUCAAGAUUAAUUGUCAGAUCCAACAGCAGAUCUCUUUGUUUCUUGGGACCUAGAACUAGCAUCUCUGUUUUGUCAGAGUUUAAAAGUAAAACAUUUGCCGCCAAACACUUCCUUAUGUCUGAAACACAGGCUUCCAGGGUAGGCAAUUUUGGGGCUUCACCAUGUUUCAUUGAAAUGUACAGCUGUGUGUCGUCCACAUAGCAGUGAAAGUUGACAUUGUGUUUCCGAAUGACAUCACCAAGAGGUAGAAAAUAUAGUGAAAACAAUAGUGGUCCUAAAACGGAACCUUGAGGAACGCCGAAACGUACAAUUGAUUUGUCAGAGGACAAACCAUCCACAGAGAAGAACUGAUAUCUUUCCGACAGAUAAGAUCUAAACCAGGCAAGAACUUGUCCGUGUAGACCAAUAAGGGUUUCUAAUCUCUCCAAAAGAAUGUGGUGAUCGAUGGUGUCAAAAGCAGCACUAAGGUCUAGGAGCACGAGGACAGAUGCAGAGCCUUGGUCUGACGCCAUUAAAAGUUAAUUUACCACCUUCACGAGUGCAGUCUCAGUGCUAUGAUGGGGUCUAAAACCAGACUGAAGCAUUUCGUAUACAUUAUUUGUCUUCAGGAAGGCAGUGAGUUGCUGCGCAACAGCUUUUUCUAAAAUCUUUGAGAGGAAUGGGAGAUUCAAUAUAGGCUGAUAGUUUUUUACAUUUUUCGGGUCAAGGUUUGGCUUUUUCAAUUGAGGCUUUAUUACUGCUACUUUUAGUGAGUUUGGUACACAUCCAGUGGAUAGGGAGCCAUUUAUUAUGUUCAACGUAAGAGGGCCAAGCACACGAAGUAGCUCUUUCAGUAGUUUAGUUGGAAUAGGGUCCAGUAUGCAGCUUGACGGUUUACAGGCCAUUACUAUUUUCAUGAAUGUGUCAAGAGAUAGAGGAUUAAAAAAAACUUGAGUGUCUCCAUUGAUCCCAGGUCCUGGCAGUUCUGUGCAGACUCAGGACAACUGAGCUUUGGAGAAAUAAGCAGAUUCAAGUGGAGUCCGUAAUUUGCUUGCAAUGAUCAUGAUCUUUCCAUCUAAGAAGUUCAUGAAUUUAUCACUGCUGAAGUGAAAGCUAUCCUCUCUUGUUGAACGCUGCUUUUUAGUUAGCUUUGCGUCAGUAUCAAAAAGAAAUGUUGGAUUGUUCUUAUUCUCCUCAAUUAUGUUGGAAAAAUAGGAUGAUCGAGCAGCAGUGAGGGCUCUUCGAUAUUGCACGAUACGUUCUUUCCAAGCCAGUCAGAAGACUUCCAGUUUGGUGGAGUGCCAUUUCCAUUCCAAUUUUCUGGAAGCUUGCUUCAGGGCUCGGGUAUCUUCUGUAUACCAGGAAUCAAAUGUAUUGUUACAAAACUAGAUCCAGGGUAUGACUGUGGCAAUGAGUAGGUCCGGAGACAUGUUGGACAAAACCCACUGAGUUGAUGAUGGCUCCGAAAGCCGUUUGAAGUGGGUCAGUGGACUUUUCCAUGUGAAUAUUAAAGUCACCAAAAAUGUGAAUAUUAUCUGCCUCUAGCGCCACAUUGAGAUAGGGUGCAGGCCAGGCAGCAGGCUGUUAGCCAGCCUGCCAGCUUAGUGGAGUCUACCACUAGCACAGUCAGUGUAGUCAGCUCAGCUAUCCCCACUGAGACGUGUCUGUGCCUCGAUCUAGGUUGAGCAAAACAAAACAUGGCGGUGUUCGCCUUAGCAAUCUCACUGGAAUAAAGACCUCCUCCAUUCCUGUCAUUAUUGAAAGAGAUUGUGAUAUCUCACAUCUCAAAAUAGGGUUACUUAAUGUUAGAUCCCUCACUUCCAAGACAGUCAUAGUCAAUCAACUAAUCACUGAUCAUAAUCUUGAUGUGAUUGGCCUGACUGAAACAUGGCUCAAGCCUGAUGAAUGUACUGUGUUAAAUGAGGCCUCUCCUCCUGGUUACACUAGUGACCAUAUCCCCCGCCCAUCCUGCAAUGGUGGAGGUGUUGCUAACAUUUAUGACAGCAGAUUUCAAUUUACAAAAAAAAAAGACUGUUUUCGUCUUUUGAGCUUCUAGUCAUGAAAUCUAUGCAGCCUACUCAAUCACUUUUCAUAGCUACUGUUCACAGGCCUCCUGGGCCGUAUAAAGCGUUCCUCACCGAGUUCCCUGAAUUCCUAUCGGACCUUGUAGUGAUGAUGGUGGUCUCUCAGGUCCUCUGGUGGUGGGCAGUGUGUAGUGAUGAUGAUUGUGAUGAUCUCUCUCAGGUCCUCUGGUGGUGGGCAGUGUGUUAUUGGAGGCGGUGAGAGCGUUCUAUAGCUACUGCAGAGAGAUGCUUGGAGAGGAGUCUAUAACCAGCACUGGCCUGACAGGCAACCAGCUAGCCAGGUGAGAAGACCGGAGCGGAAGAGGUACAGUGCCUUCAGAAAGUAUUCACACCCCUUGACUUUUUCCACAUUUUGUUGUGUUACAAAGUGGCAUUAAAAUUGAUUUAAUUGUCAUUUUUUGUCAACGAUCUACACAAUACUCUGUAAUGUGGAAGAAAAAUAACAUUUGUAAAACAUUUCUGAAAAAUAAAAUACUAAUAUCUUGAUUAGAUAAGUAUUCAACCCCCUGAGUCAAUAACUUUUGCAGCGAUUACAUCUGUGAGUUUUUAUGGGUAACUCUCUAAGAGCUUUCCACACCUGAAUUGUGCAACAUUUGCCCAGAAUUCUUUUCAGAAUUCUUCAAGCUCUGUCAAAUUUGUUCUUGAUCAUGGCUAGACAACCAUUUUCAGGUCUUUUAAAUUUUCAAGCAAAUUUAAGUCAAAACUGUAACUCAAAUUUUCAAGCAAAUUUAAGUCAAAACUGUAACUCGGCCACUCACGAACAUUCACUUUCUUGGUAAGCAACUCCAGUGUAUAUUUGACCUUGUGUUUUAGGUUAUUGUUCUGCUGAAAGGUGAAUUCAUCUCCCAGUGUCUGGUGAAUAGCAGACUGAACCAGGUUUUCCUCUGGGAUUUUGCCUGUGCUUAGCUCCAUUCCAUUUAUUUUUUAUCCUGAAAAAAUCCCCUUGCUUCUACAUCUGCAUUGCUUGCUGUUUGGGGUUUUAGGCUGGGUUUCUGUAUAAGCACUUUGUGACAUCUGCUGAUGUUAAAAGGGCUUUAUACAUUUGAUUAAUUAACAAUUACGAGCAUACCCAUAACAUGAUGCUACCACCAUUAUGCUUGAAAAUUUGGAAAGUGGUACUCAGUAAUGUGUUAUAAUAACACUUGUUAUUCAGGUCAAAAAAUUAAUCGCUUGGCCGCAUUUUUGCAGUAUUACUUUAGUGCCUUGUUGCAAACAGGAUGCAUGUUUUGGAAUAUUUGUAUUCUGUACAGGCUUGCUUCUUUUCACUGUGUCAAUUAGGUUAGUAUUGUGGAGUAACUACAAUGUUGUUGAUCCAUUCUCAGUUUUCUCCUAUCACAGCCAUUAAACUCUGUAACUGUUUUAAAGUCACCAUUGGCCUCAUGGUGAAAUCUCUGAGUGGUUUCAUUCCGCUCCAGCAACUGAGUUAGUAAGGACGCCUGUAUCUUUGUAGUAACUGGGUGUAUUGAUACACCAUCCAAAGUGAACUUAUUUAGGCUCGCCAUAACAAAGGGUUUGAAUACUUCUUGACUCAAGACAUUUCAACUUUUCAUUUUUAUUACACUGAACAAAAAUAUAAAUGCAACAUGUAAAGUGCUGGUCCCAUGUUUCACUUUUCGAAAAAAAAAAAAAAUUUUUUUUUUUACAUACUCACAAAAAGCUUAUUUCGCUCAAAGUUUGUGCACAAAUUUGUUUACAUCCCUGUUAGUGAGCAUUUCUCCUUUGCCAAGAUAAUCCAUUCACCUGACAGGUGUGGCAUAUCAAGAAGCUGAUUAAACAGCAUGAUCAUUACACAGGUGCACCUUGUGCUGGGGACAAUAAUCGGCCACUUUAAAAUGUGCAGUUUUGUCACACUGCACAAUGCCACAGAUGUCUCAAGUUUUGAGGGAGUGUACAAUUGGCAUGCUGACUACAGCAAUGUCCACCAGAGCUGUUGCCAGAGAAUUGAAUGUUCAUUUCUCUACCAUAAGCUGGAGUGUUUGUCUGUAAUAAAGCCCUUUUGUGGGGGAAAACAAAUUCUGAUUGGCUGGGCCCGGCUGCCCAGACAUGUGAAAUCCAUAGAUUAGGGCCUAAUUUAUUUAUUUAAAUUGACUGACUUUCUUAUAUGAACUGUAACUCAGUAAAAUAUUUGAAACUGUUGCAUGUUGCGUUUAUUUAUAUUUGUAAAAAUUUCAAAAAACAUAAUUCCACUUUGACAUUAUGGGGUAUUGUGUGUAGGCCAGUGAUGCAAUCUCAAUUUAAUCAAUUUUAAAUUCAGACUGUAACACAACAACAGUUGGGAAAAAGCCAAGGGUGUGUGAAUACUUUCUGAAGGAACUGUAAGUGGAGAAUGAACUGAUAUACACUACCGGUCAAAAGUUUUAGAACCCCUACUCAUUCAAGGGUUUUUCUUUAUUUUUACUAUUUUCUACAUUGUAGAAUAAUAGUGAAGACAUCAGAACUAUGAAAUAACACAUGUAGUAACCAAAAAAGUGUUAAACAAAUCAAAAAAUAUUUUAUAUUUCAGAUUCUUCAAAUAGCCACCCUUUGCCUUGAUGACAGCUUUGCACACUCUUGUCAUUCUCGCAACCAGCUUCACAUGGAAUGCUUUUCCAACAGUCUUGAAGGCGUUCCCACAUAUGCUGAGCACUUGUUGGCUGCUUUUCCUUCACUCUGCAGUCCGACUCAUCCCAAACCAGCUCAAUUUGGUUGAGGUCGGGGGAUUGUGGAGGUCAGAUCAUCUGAUGCAGCACUCCAUCACUCUCCUUCUUGGUCAAAUAGCCCUUACACAGCCUGGAGGUGUGUUGGGUCAUUGUCCUGUUGAAAAACAAAUCAUAGUCCCACUAAGCCCAAACCAGAUGGGAUGGUGUAUCACUGCAGAAUGCUGUGGUAGCCAUGCUGGUGAAGUGUGCCUUGAAUUCUAAAUAAAUCACCGACAGUGUCACCAGCAAAGCACCCCCACACCAUAACACCACCUCCUCCAUGCUUUACGGUGGGAAAUACACAUGCGGAGAUCAUCCGUUCACCCACACCGCGUCUCACAGACACGACGGUUGGAACCAAAAAUCUCCAAUUUGGUCUAAUGUCCAUUGCUCGUGUUUCUUGGCCCAAGCAAGUCUCUUCUUCUUAUUGGUGUCCUUUAGUGGUUUCCUUGCAGCAAUUCGACCAUGAAGGCCUGAUUCACACAGUCUCCUCUGAACAGUUGAUGUUGAGAUGUGUCUGUUACUUGAACUCUGUGAAGCAUUUAUUUUGGCUGCAAUUUCUGAGGCUGGUAACUCUAAUGAACUUAUCCUCUGCAGCGGAGGUUGCUCUGGGUCUUCCAUUCCUGUGGCGGUCCUCAGUUUCAUCAUAGCGCUUGAUGGUUUUUGCUGCUGCACUUGAAGAAACGUUCAAAGUUCUUGAUGUUCCGUAUUGACUAACCUUCAUGUCUUAAAAUAAAAUGUAUGCUAAAUGGCAUAUUAAUUAUUAUUAAUUAAUAUUAAAGUAAUGAUGGACUGUCGUUUCUCUUUGCUUAUUUGAGCUGUUCUUGCCAUAAUAUGGACUUGGUCUUUUACCAAAUAGGGCUAUCUUAUGUAUACCCCCCCUACACAACUGAUUGGCUCAAACGCACAAAUUCACUUUUAAGAAGGCACACCUGUUAAUUUAAAUGCAUUCUGGGUGACUACCUUAUGAAGCUGGUUGAGAGAAUGCCAAGAGUGUGCAAAGCUGUCAUCAAGGCAAAGGGUGGCUAUUUGAAGAAUCUCAAAUAUAAAAUAUAUUUUGAUUUGUUUAACACUUUUUUGGUUACUACAUGAUUCCAUAUGUGUUUGAUGUCUUCACAAUUAUUCUACAAUUUAGAAAAUAGUAACAAUAAAGAAAAACCCUUGAAUGAGUAGGUGUUCUAAAACGUUUGACCGGUAGUGUAUAAAUGAAUGGUAUUUAUUAGGAAUGGUUGUCCUUAUAUCCUAAGAUUUUCCUAAAAAGAGAAUGACAUGAUAGUGACUGAGUGGAUGUGUUUUGGAUUGUGUUUUCUGUGCAGUAAAAUAAAAGAAAACAAGAACGCGUCAGAGAUCAUAAAGACAGUGAACAUGCUGGUGAGCUCCAUGAACAGUGAGUUCCUGUGGGAUUACAUGACCUGCCACUUCUGCACCUGCCUCAGGUAACACCUACUGUACCUCCUCUGGAAUAGUCAUAGUGGCUUAACUGUUAUAAAGCAUAUUUCUCAAACAUUGUUUAACUGCUCUCUCUCUCUCUCUUCCUGUCUGGGUUUCCAAAGUAACCCAGCUGCUCCCUCUGUCACAGAGAUCUCCACCCUCAUCAUAUUUCUAAUGGAUGUCAUCCCUCUGGUACACUCUCUCUCUCUCUCUCUAUCUACUACGCUCGCUUACUGCUCUCUCUCAAACCAACCUGCGUUCCGCAUAACUCUCGUCGUCUCUAUGACUCAUCUAUCCAAAUCUGGCGCCCGCUCUGCUCCCUCUAGCCGCGCGCUCCCUCUCUCUCUGCGGAGCCCGCCGGUAGCCCGUCGUUCCCGUCAACCUCGCUGCCUCCGCGGGAACAUAGCUCGCGCUCUCGUCUUUACCUCUCGAAAGCUCCUCCUCUCUUUAGCUCUCCUCUCACCCCUCUCCUCCUCUCUCUCUCUCUCUAACCUCUCUCUCCUCGUCUCUCUCACCUCUCUCAACCUCUCCUCUCUCUCUCUCAACCGCUCUCUCUCUCAACCUCUCUCUCUCUCAACCUCCUCUCUCUCUCAACCGCUCUCUCUCUCAACCCCUCUCUCUCUCUCUCUAAACCUCUGACUGGUCCGUUUCUCUGUGUCUGGACCAAUAGGAGCUCCAUGCUGACAUCCAGUCUCAGUUCCUGCCCCAGAUGCUGGGCCGCAUGCUGCACGUGCUCUGCACCCACAUGACCUCCCUGGACUUAUCGGAGCUCACGCAAGGCCUGCACGCCUGCUUUAAGGUGCUCAGUAAGAUCCAGAUGCCUGUGGCUUAUAUGGACAUGGAGGAGGAGUCACAGACACAGGAAGUGGAGUCACAGGCACAGGAGGAGAGCUUCGAAUAUGUUCAGGUCAGACUGUGUGUGUGUGCAGUGGUUCAGAUAAGCUGUAUUGAGAGUAGAAUACAAAUGUGAGUUAGGAAUGCAGCACUACAGAGGUACUUCAGAAAGGACAUGCCCUUAGGUCAGGAUGCUUACUGGGAGGUGACCUGUCUGACCGAGGGAUAACAUUUCUGGUAGGGUUAGCUCCUGGUCAUGCUGUACAUCUUGAUUUUAGAUCCUGACUGUACACAGGCCGGCCAAUCACAUGCUUCUCAUUUCACUGUCCAUACAGAUGUAAUAGUUUUUUUGCCAUGUUCUGGAGUCCAGCUGUAACAUUGACCUGUCUGUCUGUCACAUAGACACAGCUCCCACUGAUCUCUAGCUUUGUUCAGUCACUCACUGGCCCGUGAUGGGGUUCAUGGAUAUUUGAGAAGUUUAAGGACAAGGAGAUGGUUCUUUAACAGUCAUUUUAGGUCAUACUACUCUCUCCCUCAAUGGUGAUAUUCUGGUUGGAUCAUACAUUUUCUACCCUACAGAACGUGGACAAGGAGAAGGAUGAGGAGGAUAAUGAUGAAGAUGGUGGUAAGGUCAACGGUAACCAUGACAACGCAGAACCAGAGGAAGAGCCUAAGCUGAAUGGGGACAUGGAGCAGGAGACUGGUCCAGUAGAGGGAGAAAGCCCCUUCCUGCCCCUUCGGUCUGAAGACAGCGGAUUGGGCAUCAGCGCCUCGCCAUCAGAGCUGCACCUCCUACCAGGGUCGGGCCUGGGCCCUGAAGGGGCGGGGAUCGUGAAAGGGGGCGAGGGCGUGUGGAGGAAGGGGGGCAGUGUGGAGACCAUAACCCAGUAUUUGCAGGAUAUCCUGGCCUUCAUCACCACCAGGUAGAGAACAUUAUCACAUAAGGGAAAUAUAAUCAUCAAUCAAAACAACUUGAUCAACUCUAACAAACGUUCUUAUUGUCUCUGUCUCUUUCUCUCGCUCUCUCCCCUCGCUCUCUCUCUACCUCUCGCUUUCUUUCUCUCGGUCUCUCUCUCUCCCGCUCUCUCUCCUUUCUCUCGCUCUUUCUCUCUCUCUCGAUCUCUCUCUCCCUCUCCCUCCUCCUUCUCUCCCCUCCCAGGUACCUGCUGGUUCAGGUGGAGGACGUCAGGGGGCAGGAGGAGGCUGUACAACCAGACCCCGUUGCCCUCUCCCCUGGUCGGAAAUCCUCGUUCCGGGAGGGCCCUCAGAUCACCACCAACCAGAUCAAAGACAAGUUAGCCGAGCUCUUCACCCCCAACAAACACAAACCACGCUCCACCUUAGACCCCCCUGUCCUAGAGCCCCCUACAGAGAGGAAGAAGGGGCGAAGGUGUGCAGGAGGAGGGGUGGACUGGGGGGCAGGGUACAAGCCCCGGGGCAGGGCAGAGAUUUCGGAGGAGUGUCGACAGGCGUUCACGGCAGCGUGCCACCUUCUGUUGGAGUCUACUACCUUCCCCCUGUACCUGAGUGAGGAGGAGAGCCAUGGGCUCUACAGCGAUAUGUUCAACCAUACAGGUGAGGUCACAGUAUAAACUUUUACACAAUAAUAGUUGUUUACCCAUACCCUAACACGGCUUACUAACAGGGUUGAUUUGACCACUUUAUGAUGGGUAAAGUCAGCACCCUGAUAUACUUUCCUGAUCUUGACUCAUUUAAACAUAUUGAAUUUGAAGUCACCAAAACAUGUUUUUCUCUCUCUUAUGUGUUUCUCUUCAGGCAGUGACGUAGACAGCCUGCCUGUGUGGCUGAGGUCCUUGAUGACUCUGUGUUGCCUGUCAAGGGACUACCACGUGCAGCACACGGCCGUGUCGUCUCUGCUGGAGCUCAUCAACCACUCCCAGUCCCUGGCCCUAGUCAUCCAGGACAAGACCAGGCGCUACCAUGCCAGCGACGCUAACCCCCUCAGCGGGCAGCUUCAGAUGGUCACUGUGCCCCCUAUCUACCCAGGCCUGCUUAGCACCAUCGAGCAGGGCACAGAUUUCUACCAGGUCAGAAAACAAUUGUCUACAAUGGCAGGGGGCUUGUAUUACUGCCACAUGAAGAGGGAACAUAUGAGGGGGCCUAGCUGGUCCAACGUGUUACUUUAUAAUAUGAUGAAAUCUGUACAUUUCCUUACUGAGGAUGUUAUCUGUAACUCACUUGUACAACAGCAUCAUCACCUUUUAUGUCCGCUGCCUAUUACCUCACCAGAUCAGGAAUGUUCGUUAUCUGAUGCUGCCGCCUUCAGUUGAUCCAAAUGAACACCAAUCAUCCUCACCUCUAACCUUUGACCUUUGUGACCCCAUGCAGCGGGUGGCCCAGGUGCUGUGGGGUCAGCUGGACGUGGAGCGCCGAGAGCAGCACACCUCCUGUGUGGAGCUCUUCUAUCGGCUCCACUGCCUGGCCCCCUCCGCAUCCAUCUGUGAGGACAUCAUCUGCCAGGCUUUAUUGCACAGAGACAAGGUACAGAACACACACUAACAAGUUUUACUGUAAUUUCAAGACAAACUGUUUACUGCACGCCUACAGCAAAGAUCCAUCCUAUACCCCAACAGCAGUGGUCGGCAACAGGCAGCCCACAGGCCAAAACCGUCCCACAAGUGAUUUGUUUUGGCUCUCCAAAGUUUUUUGUAAAAAAAUUAAAAAUCACCUGGAAUUCAUCUAAAAAUGUGUUUAAUUUAGGAAAUCUGUUCCCGGUAUUUUACAAAUGUUCCACUCAGGGAAUAAAACACUUUUCUCCCAGGUAAUCCGGUAUUUCCCGCCAAAACUGGAAGUGUCAUUCUAAAGCAUAUAAAGCAUAUAAAUAUGUCUGGAUUUGAUUCGAGCUUUGAUCAGCAAGAAAAUUCAAGACUGAUACUACCUGAUACUAGCCAUACACUACAGAAAUUUUAUGAGCCCUACAUUAAAAUACAUUUUAUGAGCCCAAGCCCAAAGAAGUCCAAAUUAUUGUGCCGUUAUCCAAUACAUAGCCUAUGGUGACUCCCUGCUUAAAAAAGGUAAAAUAAAAUAUAUAGGCUACCGCACAUUAAGAACGACAGAAAAACAUAAAAGCCCAUAGAUGUAGCUUUUCUGUCUUCGGUAAAUAAGUGAAACAAGCUCCAGUAGGCUCAUCUUUUUGAUUGUGGACUGUAUUACUGUAUUCUAUUAUAUGGACUGGAAUUACAUACCUCGUUCAAACCAUGUAGCUGGGAGAGCACAUUAGAUGCUGGUGCAGUACAGACCGCCUACAAAAUUACAAUUAUAUGCUAGCGAAUUUGAUUUACAUUUUGAAAUAUAAUAGGGCCUAUUUUACAUUUUCAUAGUUAGUAGGCUGAUGCAUAGGCCUAUAUAGGCUACCUUUCAUAAUAAUUCCCCUAAUGAUGCGCAACGUGCGCAUUAGCCUACCUCCUCUUUCUCUCUCUAUUGUUGCUUCAUUCAUUCCUUGCUUUCAACAGUUAAAUGAAAUAAUUUUUGUUGUCUUCAUCAUUGUAAUGACAUGCUUGAAUAAUUUAGGACAAUAAUAAAAUGCAUAUGACUUUCUUUCACUUCUCUUCAAGAAGAUGAAAUGGUUAUGUGUCUGAAUAAUUAACUGCUAUAGUCUACCACCAUCACACGUUCUCUCUUUUCUUUCUAUUGGCUGCUGUAUUUAGCAUUCAGCAAACAAGAGCUUGCAUCCCUCUUCCAAUAGUCUAUUAGUAUAAGAAAUGCUAAACAAAAAUGUCCAUCAAGCUAUUCUAGUCUAGCUUUUCCUGGGACUCCAAGAGCUAAGGAGAGAGGCCAGCGGGGCGCAGGUGCGUAUUGAGCAAGAGGCUGCUUAUAAGUUAGAAGCGUAUGCAUAACCCACCAUUCAUUAGCUAAAUAUAAGACUAUACUGCAUUGAAUUUAUUACCUGAAAGAGGUAGGCUAGGACAUCUAUCUAUCUAUCUAUCUAUCUUGAACAGGAUUAUCUAUUUUGGAUGCAAUUUGAUUGGAAUUAAUGGAGAGAGAAAAUGACAGAGUGCUCAAGUGCGCACUGAUUUAAAGCAAUGAUAUUCGAGUGUUAGGCUGUGUAAAACUCUGCAGCUGCAAAUAUCCAAAAAUUAUCUUUAGGCUACAAUUAAAAAGUAAGGUGGCCCCUUGGUGAUGUGUAAAUUAGAUGCGCAUUCAGUCCUUAUAUUAUAUACUGUAGCAUAGGCUUUUCUGUAGUAAACGUAGGCCUACCUGUCACAAGAAAAAAAGUUACUAUGAUAAGAUAAUACAUGUAUUGUGAACUGCACUCCAUAGCCUAAUGAGAUGCGCUGUCUGUCCCCACCCUUAACGUUGAUGAUUGAUCAUGCAGAGAGAAGGCCGAAGAGAAGCCAGAUUUAGACAUCGCAUGUAAUUGAACAGUUCCAUUUCACGUCAUGCUGUUCAUAGAAGUCAUUUCUUAUAAUUUACCGGUUUCUCGCAGUUAUUUAUUCAGGGAAAAGGAAGUGGGUUUUUGCAGGAAAUCUCGGUAACCCGGUUCCCGCUAUUCAACCCUAGUUCCCAAGCAUUCUCACAAAUAAAAUAAAAAAAGAGACGUGAUCGUGUCUCAAUGUAAUCAAGGUAUGAAAUGAUCAUUAUUUUCAAAUACAAUCUCAUUUUGCGCUUAGUUGUGGUCAAUUUGUAGUGUAUAAAUUAUAAUUAUGUUCCGGCCCCAUCCGCUCCGACAACAAUCUAGUUGCCUACCCCUGCCCUACAGCAUCCCUAACACAUUUAAAGAAGGCACUGUAACUAAGAAAAACAGCCCAGUUUUACAUAUUCACACCUUACCCAUGCUCAUGUGAUAUAACUAAGAGCAAGUUAUCCUGUGUGUUUAACUAACAUGUAAAUGACGUUGUGUGUGUGUGUGUCCCUCAGGCUGUACGGUUGGAGGCCCUACACAGGUUCUCAGUGCUGUGGCACCUGACCAGGGACAUCCAGUCAAACCGGACCAUGUCUCUGAACCGCUCGUUUGACCGGUGAGUACAGAGCUGGAGUGGUCAGUGGUUUACUACUACAUUACUAUUUACUACCAUGGUGAACCUGUUCUCCUUUUCCUCAGAUUGCUGAGAUGGACUGUGUAUCUCUCUCCUUCUCCUUCUCUCGCUCUCUCCUUCUCUCACUCACUCAGUCACUCAGUCACUCACUCAGUCACUCACUCACUCACUCAGUCACUCACUCACUCAGGUCACCAUUUAAGAUGAUGUGUGUGUGUCUCUCAGCUGUCUAUGACUGACUCUGUGUAUCUCUGUCCCAGGUCUCUGUGUGUGGUGGUGGACUGUCUGAACAGCCCAGAUGGUUCUGUGAGUGCUGCAGCCCAGUGCUGGCUGGUCAGGGCUCUCUCCCUGCAGGACGUGGUCCGCAUAUUGGAGCCUGUUCUGCUGCUGCUGCUCCACCCCUCCACCAAGCGCUGCACCAUCCAGAGUGUCAAACAGAACCUCACCGCAGGUAUGUGUGUGAAGUGGUGAUUGUUGGAGUGUUUAGGGAUGUUGCUCACUAGUGUGUUUGUUUGUGUUUUGAUAUGCUCAGAAACAUCUUUCUCUCUGUAGGUCAUCUGAAAGGUUUAAACAGCAGAAGUCGAAGCACCACCAAGGGUUACACGGACGCCAUGGCAACCAGCACCCAAACAGAUGAGGGUACACUGGGUCACAUGAUCCUGGUGGACCGGGAGGCCCUGUGGGGGGAGCUAGAGCAUGACCCGGAGACAACCAAACCACCGGCCGACUCCACGGGGGUGUCUCGCAGCGAUAGCGAAGCGACAGAGGAAGAAGACGAACCGGAGGAAGAGGCGGAGGAGGAAGAGAGCGAACACACCGAGUGGAGCGGCGCCCAGGUCUCCACGGAGAACUCUAGCUCUAGCUCCGCCCCUUACGGUAGUAGUGUAGAAGAAGGAAGUGUGGUCAACGGCCUGAGGAGGGUGGAAUCGGAAUACACGCAGGCGUCUGAUUCGCUGUCGAGCGAGGAGGAGGAGGACCUGGAGCUUGAAGCCAUGGCUCGGUCACGUCUCCUCAAACAGAAGCGUGAGAAGCGGGAAGCCAUCGACUCUCUUUUCCGCCAUGUUCUGCUGUACUCUGUGGCCGGCGGCUGGCCCCGUCUGCUCCACGGCCUGGCCCUGCUGGACAGCCUGUUGAGGAGCAGUGCCCAGCAGCCUCUAGUGGAUGCCCUCUCCUCCACCUCCCUGGACACCAGCUCAGCUGCACACCUCAAUCUGGUCUCCAACCUGCUCCAGCGCCACCAGCAGGCCCAGGACGGAAGAGGCUUCUACGGACGCCUGCUCUCGCCAACCUCUUCGCCCUCCAGUCCCCUCUCCCUGCUCAUCGAGCUGAUGGUGUCCCUGUGCCUGAGGUUCCUGCGCUCCUACUAUCCGUCCUACCUCACCCUGGACCCCAGGGAGCUGCAGGGGAAUAGGGAGGUCCAGGUGAAGAGCGUGGGGGUGCUGACCCGCCUGGUGACCCAGCUGGGGAUCGUAGUGCGGGGCCAGGGAGACACCUCCACCCAGGGUGAGGCUGGGGUCAGCCCGGAGCCCAUCUGCAAGCUGCUGGCCGGGUGUAAGGUGCAGCAGUACGCCCUCCUCACCCUCUCAGCCUCCAUGUACAUCAGCCAGAGAGGAACGGAGAAGGGCUCUGCCAUGGGGGGUGUAGAUCUGUUAGAUGAACAGGUGGAUCUGUCUGAGGAGAGCCUGGUGAAUCUGGGAGGGGGAGGGGGACAGGAGCAGUACCCCUUACAGAUGGAGCUGCUCAAGCUUCUACAGGCCCUCAUCGUCCUGGAGUACCACGUGUGGCCAGGGGGGUCUGGUUCGACCUUGCACCCCGAUGAGCCCCGUGACACCCCUGCAGCCACCCCUGCCUCCUCAGCACUAGCGCGGGAAUGGCAGACAGCGGUUCUGUUCCAACAGUCCAUCAAGGCAGCUCAGUACGUCAAGACCCAGCCCAUCACAGCCCAGGGGAUGUUUGUGUCUGCUGCAGCCCGGGCUCUGCAGCCGCAGUACGGCUAUGCCAUGCACCCCCACUGGGUGGCGCUGCUUUGCUCGUCUCUGCCCUACCUGGGGCGCUCGCUGGGCAUCAUCGUGGCUCCGCUCAUCACUCAGAUCUGCAGGAACCUGGACGAGCUGGUCAAACAGUACGAUCACGACGGGGGGAAGGCUACACAGAGUCUGAGUGGCAGGAAGGAGAACAUCGCUCCUGAUUAUCCUCUCACCCUACUGGAGGGACUGACCACACUCACUCACCACUGUCUACUGGACAACAAGAAGGUGAGUCACACACACCCAUGCAGUCUGCUGAUUUGGCUACAUGUAGGUGGAUCACUGUGCCACACACUUGGACAAAGAGUUGAAUGCAGAAAACGUUUAAAUGUUUCCAUCCCUCCCUCUCAGUCCCUGGUGGCCUGUGACCCUGCAGACGUCCGGAACGCCCGCAACGCUGUGAUUGAGGAGCUGCCGCACAUGCUCAGUAGCAUGGCUCUGCUGUGGGGUGUGGUCAAGAGGGAGGAGUCCCAAAGUAGGGGCUCAGACUACGCCCAGACCGCCAGACACACCUCCACUUCUGUCUACUUCAGGAGCUCCAAGGUUUGUAUGUAUGUGUGUGUUCUUAUGGACAGUAGUGCUGUGAUAUGUUUUGCAUGUGUAUUUGUGUGUCACUCUCUUACGGUACUGCUCAUUGUGUGUGUGUGUGUGUGUUUAUGUGUGUGUGUGUAGACCCUGAGGCAGCGAGUGUUGGAGUUCCUGACUCCUCUGACGGGGCAGUAUGGGGUGCAGUUAAUGGCAUCAGUGGGAGUUGUGUGGAGCAGCCGGAGGAGCAAGAGGAGACACACCAAAAACAAAGUGAGUGCUUUAAAAAAAAAUAUAUAUUUUGCAACAAGCUUGGUGGGACUUGUAGGCAACACACACACACAAGUACACUACAUUACCAAAUGUAUGUGGACACCUGCUCGUUGAACAUCUCAUUCCAAAAUCAUGGGCAUUAAUACAAUUAAAGCCUUAUUCUAAAAUGUAUUACAUAAUUUUUUUCCGUCAUCAAUCUACACACAAUACCCCAUAAUGACAAAGUGUAAAACAGGUUUUUAGAAAUGUUUGCAAAUGUAUUAAAAAACAGAAAUGCGUUAUUUACACACCUGUCUAUAUAAGAUCCCACAGUUGACAGUGCAUGUCAGAGCAAAAACCAAGCCAUGAGGUCGAAGGAAUUUUCCGUAGAGCUCCGAGACAGGAUUGUGUCGAGGCACAGAUCUGGGGAAGCGUACCAAAACAUGUCUGCAGCAUUGAAGGUCCCCAAGAACACAGUGGCCUCCAUCAUUCUUAAAUGGAAGAAGUUUGGAACCACCAAGACUCUUCCUAGAGCUGGCCGCCCAGCCAAACUGAGCAAUCGGGGGAGAAGGGCCUUGGUCAGGGAGUUGACUAAGAACCUGAUGGUCACCUGACAGAGCUCCAGAGUUCCUCUGUGGAGAUGGGAGAACCUUCCAGAAGGACAACCAUCUCUGCAGCACUCCACCAAUCAGGCCUUUAUGGUAGAGUGGUCAGGCGGAAGCCACUCCUCAGUAAAAGGCACAUGACAGCCCGCUUGGAGUUUGCCAAAGGGCACUUUCAGACCAUGAGAAACAAGGUUCUCUGGUCUGAUGAAACCAAGAUUGAACUCUUUGGCCUGAAUGCCAAGCAUCACAUCUGGAGGAAAUCUGGCACCAUCUCUACGGUGAAGCAUGGUGGUGGCAGCAUCAUGUUGUGGUGAUGUUUUUCAGCGGCAGGGACUGGGAGACUAGUCAGGAUCGAGGGAAAGAUGAACGGAGCAAAGUACAGAGAGGUCCAUGAUGAAAACCUGCUCCAGAGAGCUCAGGACCUCAGACUGGGGUGAAGGUUCACCUUCCAAUAACACAAUGACCCUAAGCACACAGCCAAGACAACGCAGGAGUGGCUUCGGGACAAGUCUCUGAAUGUCUUUGAGUGGCCCAGCCAGAUCCCGGACUUGAACCAGAUCGAACAUCUCUGGAAAGAACUGAAAUUAGCUGUGCAGCGACCCUCCCCAUCCAACCUGACAGAGCUUGAGAGGUGUGCCAAGCUUGUAGCGUCAUACCCAAGAAGACUUGAGGCUGUAAUCGCUGCCAAAGGUGCUUCAACCAAGUACUGAGUAAAGGGUCUAAAUACUUCUGUAAAUGUGAUAUUUCUGUUUUUAAUUUUUAAUACAUUUGCAAAAAUGUCUAGAAACCUGUUUUUGCUUUGUCAUUAUUGGGUAUUGUGUGUAGAUUGAUGAGGGGGGGGGAAAAAACUAUUUAAUCCAUUUUAGAAUAAGGCUGUAACGUAACAAAAUGUGGAAAAAGUCAAGGGGUCUGAAUACUUUCUGAAUGCACUGUAGUCUACCUUCAGUCAAACACCACUGUUUACAUGACAACAAGAGGGUGACACACAAAGUAACCCCUCUCUCAAUCUCAAUCUCUAUCUUUCUCUGUAGAUCUUACCUGUGGCCAGUGAGUCUCGUCUGACCAUCGUGGAUCUGGUGAAGUCCCUGGAAACGCUCCGCACAGACAAUAUCUUGCAGAUGGUCAAAGAGGUGGUGAAAAAACCCCACCAGAUCAAACGAGACCAGGUACACACACAUAAACCUAAAUAUUUGACUGUUUAACCCAGAGAGACAUUACAUGGUGGUAUGGUGGUACUCUGAAGGUCAUUUGUUUCCUUCCUCUGUGUGGCAGAAGUCCACCCUGGUAGACAUCCCCAUGCUACAGUUCAGCUACGCCUACAUCCAGAGGUAACAAACUACAACAUCAACACAGAGAUUCACACUGUCAUGUAGUUAGUAAUACACUUCAGUUCUUGCUUAUACAGUGGGGGAAAAAAGUAUUUAGUCAGCCACCAAUUGUGCAAGUUCUCCCACUUAAAAAGAUGAGAGAGGCCUGUGAUUUUCAUUAUAGGUACACGUCAACUAUGACAGACAAAUAGAGAUUUUUUUUCUCCAGAAAAUCACAUUGUAGGAUUUUUUAUGAAUUUAUUUGCAAAUUAUGGUGGAAAAUAAGUAUUUGGUCACCUACAAACAAGCAAGAUUUCUGGCUCUCACAGACCUGUAGCUUCUUCUUUAAGAGGCUCCUCUGUCCUCCACUCGUUACCUGUAUUAAUGACACCUGUUUGAACUUGUUAUCAGUAUAAAAGACACCUGUCCACAACCUCAAACAGUCACACUUCAAACUCCACUAUGGCCAAGACCAAAGAGCUGUCAAAGGACACCAGAAACAAAAUGGUAGACCUGCACCAGGCUGGGAAGACUGAAUCUGCAAUAGGUAAGCAGCUUGGUUUGAAGAAAUCAACUGUGGGAGCAAUUAUUAGGAAAUGGAAAGACAUACAAAACCACUGAUAAUCUCCCUCGAUCUGGGGCUCCACGCAAGAUCUCACCCUGUGGGGUCAAAAUGAUCACAAGAACGGUGAGCAAAAAUCCCAGAACCACACGGGGGGACCUAGUGAAUGACCUGCAGAGAGCUGGGACCAAAGUAACAAAGCCUACCAUCAGUAACACACUACGCCGCCAGGGACUCAAAUCCUGCAGUGCCAGACGUGUCCCCCUGCUUAAGCCAGUACAUGUCCAGGCCCGUCUGAAGUUUGCUAGAGUGCAUUUGGAUGAUCCAGAAGAGGAUUGGGAGAAUGUCAUAUGGUCAGAUGAAACCAAAAUAGAACUUUUUGGUAAAAACUCAACUCGUCGUGUUUGGAGGACAAAGAAUGCUGAGUUGCAUCCAAAGAAUGGGGGUGGAAACAUCAUGCUUUGGGGCAGUUUUUCUGCAAAGGGACCAGGACGACUGAUCCGUGUAAAGGAAAGAAUGAAUGGGGCCAUGUAUCGUGAGAUUUUGAGUGAAAACCUCCUUCCAUCAGCAAGGGCAUUGAAGAUGAAACGUGGCUGGGUCUUUCAGCAUGACAAUGAUCCCAAACACACCGCCCGGGCAACGAAGGAGUGGCUUCGUAAGAAGCAUUUCAAGGUCCUGGAGUGGCCUAGCCAGUCUCCAGAUCUCAACCCCAUAGAAAAUCUUUGGAGGGAGUUGAAAGUCUGUGUUGCCCAGCGACAGCCCCAAAACAUCACUGCUCUAGAGGAGAUCUGCAUGGAGGAAUGGGCCAAAAUACCAGCAACAGUGUGUGAAAACCUUGUGAAGACUUACAGAAAACGUUUGACCUGUGUCAUUGCCAACAAAGGGUAUAUAACAAAGUAUUAAGAAACUUUUGUUAUUGACCAAUACUUAUUUCCACAAUAAUUUGCAAAUAAAUUCAUUAAAAAUCCUACAAUGUGAUUUUCUGGUAGUUCUCAUUUGUCUGUAUAGUGCUAGAUGAAAUUACAGUCUCUCAUCUUUUAAGUGGAGAAUUGCAAUUGUGCUGACUAAAUACUUUUUUCCCCACUGGUGAUAGCAUUUAAAAAUUUCACCUCUUCUCUCGGUGUGGAUGUGAUAGCAUUUAAAAAUGUUUUACCUUCCUCCUCUCUCUGUGUGUGGUAGUAUUCCGGCUCAGGCUCUCCAGGAGAACGUGGCGCCCCUCCUCACUCUUCUCAGAGAGUCUGUGCAGCUCAACCUGGCCCCGCCCGGACACUUCCUGCUGCUGGGGUGAGUCAGCAACUUCCUGUCUGUCUGACAUAUCUACUGUCAUUUGAUGUCCAAUGUCUAUAAACCGUUAUCAGCAGUGGUGGAUAAAGUACCCAAUUGUCACACUUGAGUAAAAGUAAAGAUACCUUCAUAGAAAAUGACUCAAGUAAAAGUGAAAGUCACCCAGUAAAAUACUACUUGAGUAAAAGUCUAAAAGUAUUUGGUUUGAAAUAUACUUAAGUAUCAAAAGUCAAUGUAAUUGCUAAAAUAUACUUAAGAAUCAAAAGGAAAAGUAAUUGCUAAAAUAUACUUAAGUAUCAAAAGUUAAAGUAUAAAUCAUUUCAAAUUCCUUAUAUUAAGCAAACCAGACGGCACUAUUUUCUUGUAUUUUUUUUUUUACAGAUAGCCAGGGGCACACUCCAACACUCAGACAUAAUUUACAAACAAAGUAUGUGUGUUUAGUGAGUCCGCCAGAUCAGAGGCAGUAGGGAUGACCAGGGAUGUUCUCUUGAUACAUGCGUGAAUUGGACCAUUUUCCUGUCCUGCUAAGCAUUCAAAAUGUAACGAGUACUUUUGAGUGUCGGGGAAAAUGUAAAAAGUACAUUAUUUUCUUUAGGAAUGUUGUGAAGUAAAAGUUGUCAAAAAUAUAAAUAGUAAAGUACAGAUACCAAUACAAACUACUUAAGUAGUACUUAAAAGUAUUUUUACUUUACACCACUGGUUAUCAGUCAUUAAUCUCCGGUCAUACAGAUUUAUUACUAUAGAUAUUGUUCCCAGCAUAUCACUCUCUGUUUGAAACAAUGUUUCUCCUAUAUGUUAUUUCCAAACAUAAGUAGAACACACAUAUCAUAGAUAUGCUUUGGUUUGAUACUGUUAUCAGAAUUAACAAGAUAUUAUUGCACUCUGGUCUACCAAUCCAGAAUUGUACUGUUAUUUUAAUUCUCUCCUACCACAGGAUCCUCAAUGACUUUGUAAACCGGCUCCCCAACCUGGACAAUAAGAAGGACACCAGGGACAUGCAGGUAAGACAUGGAGCACAGUAUCACAAUCCUGGCUUAAGCCUAAUUUGCACCUUUCUCUUCCACACCAUCCGCUAGGUCUGUCCGCACGGACUCAGAAACCCCGCUCUGCGGACCUGUGCGAAAGGGAGCGGACGUUUGAUUGAAGCGAAAGGUGUAAAUUAGGCUUUAGUGUGAGUUUGAGAGGGUACAGUGUGAGAUACAUGAUGAUGGUGAUACUAUGUAGGAGGUGACCCAGAAGAUCCUGGAGGCUGUGGGCGGGGUAGCGGGGUCGUCUCUGGAGCAGACCAGCUGGCUCAGCCGUAACCUGGAGGUCAAGAACCAGCCCCAGGUGUGUCCUGAGACAGAGGAGCCAUCCGACGAGCUGGACCUGGACCUCUACGGUAACCAUGGAUACCACACACACACACUCACCUGGAGACAUCCCUGGUUUCUAUCAGGAACAGACUAAAGCCUAGUUUACACCUUGCGGUCUGGUAGGUCCGCUCUAAAGAAAUGAUGCAAUAUCGAAUGUCCACUCCUGUCCCUAUAUAUCCACACUUUUCCAGGACACUUUUCCAAGAAGGUGCGGACUGGAGCGGACAUUCAAUUGACAUUCGAUCGAAGCAGAAGGUGUCAAUUAGGCUUCAAACAGGCUCAGAGCUGCUAACAUCCUAAACCCUCAGGGCAUGACUCUCCUUGGUAACCAACCCCUGACCCCCUUAAGCACGUUCCACAUUAUUGGCUGAGAAAAGCCAGAGGGCCCACCUCAACCAACAGUCUCCUUUCCUCUUGAUUCUCUCCUCAUCUCUCUUCAGGUCUACAUUAGAGUGGACUGAGAGUGUCCACAGACCUAUAAUGUAACCAUGGAAACACCGCACUUCCCCUCUUAGUUCCCCAGUGUAGUGGUCCAGUGAGGAAGAAGGACACUUCCCCCAAAAGUGCAUUGGAAGAAGUGCUUCUCUCCUCUGCUGUUACCAUGGCAACCAGACUGGUUCCUGCAGUGAUGUAGGAGCCCUGCAGCUUCACUGGCAGCAGUACUUCAUGGUUAGACUCAGGAUGUGGUCUGAAGGAUGAGAUAGAGUUCCUUCCUGCUACCCUGAGGAGGUUAAGUCUUGGGUUGGCCCUCAGGGCAAGCACUAUAGAAUUAAGUCAUACAUAUUUAUGAGUAACAACUCACUUCUGUCCCCGUCUCCUUCUUUCUCCUCAACUUUCUUCUCUUCUCCAGACUCUGUAGCUCAGGCCAGCACCAUGGUCUCUUCCUCAGCUCCCUCUGUAUACAGUGUGCAAGCCCUAGCGCUAUUGGCAGAGGUAAGUGUGUUCGUGUGCGAAUGUGUGCAACUAUGGUUUUCACACCUAUGUACAGUGGGGGAAAAAAGUAUUUAGUCAGCCACCAAUUGUGCAAGUUCUCCCACUUAAAAAGAUGAGAGAGGCCUGUAAUUUUCAUCAUAGGUACACGUCAACUAUGACAGACAAAUUGAGAAAAAAAAAUCCAGAAAAUCACAUUGUAGCAUUUUUUAUGAAUUUAUUUGCAAAUUAUGGUGGAAAAUAAGUAUUUGGUCACCUACAAACAAGCAAGAUUUCUGGCUCUCACAGACCUGUAACUUCUUCUUUAAGAGGCUCCUCUGUCCUCCACUCGUUACCUGUAUUAAUGGCACCUGUUUGAACUUGUUAUCAGUAUAAAAGACACCUGUCCACAACCUCAAACAGUCACACUCCAAACUCCACUAUGGCCAAGACCAAAGAGCUGUCAAAGGACACCAGAAACAAAAUUGUAGACCUGCACCAGGCUGGGAAGACUGAAUCUGCAAUAGGUAAGCAGCUUGGUUUUAAGAAAUCAACUGUGGGAGCAAUUAUUAGGAAAUGGAAGACAUACAAGACCACUGAUAAUCUCCCUCGAUCUGGGGCUCCAUGCAAGAUCUCACCCUGUGGGGUCAAAAUGAUCACAAGAACGGUGAGCAAAAAUCCCAGAACCACACGGGGGGAUCUAGUGAAUGACCUGCAGAGAGCUGGGACCAAAGUAACAAAGCCUACCAUCAGUAACACACUACGCCGCCAGGGACUCAAAUCCUGCAGUGCUAGACGUGUCCCCCUGCUUAAGCCAGUACAUGUCCAGGCCCGUCUGAAGUUUGCUAGAGUGCAUUUGGAUGAUCCAGAAGAAGAUUGGGAGAAUGUCAUAUGGUCAGAUGAAACCAAAAUAGAACUUUUUGGUAAAAACUCAACUCGUCGUGUUUGGAGGACAAAGAAUGCUGAGUUGCAUCCAAAGAACACCAUACCUACUGUGAAGCAUGGGGGUGGAAACAUCAUGCUUUGGGGCUGUUUUUCUGCAAAGGGACCAGGACGACUGAUCCGUGUAAAGGAAAGAAUGAAUGGGGCCAUGUAUCGUGAGAUUUUGAGUGAAAACCUCCUUCCAUCAGCAAGGGCAUUGAAGAUGAAACGUGGCUGGGUCUUUCAGCAUGACAAUGAUCCCAAACACACCGCCCGGGCAACGAAGGAGUGGCUUCGUAAGAAGCAUUUCAAGGUCCUGGAGUGGCCUAGCCAGUCUCCAGAUCUCAACCCCAUAGAAAAUCUUUGGAGGGAGUUGAAAGUCUGUGUUGCCCAGCGACAGCCCCAAAACAUCACUGCUCUAGAGGAGAUCUGCAUGGAGGAAUGGGCCAAAAUACCAGCAACAGUGUGUGAAAACCUUGUGAAGACUUACAGAAAACGUUUGACCUGUGUCAUUGCCAACAAAGGGUAUAUAACAAAGUAUUGAGAAACUUUUGUUAUUGACCAAAUACUUAUUUUCCACCAUAAUUUGCAAAAAAAUUCAGAAAAAAUCCUACAAUGUGAUUUUCUGGAUUUUUCUUUCUCAUUUUGUCUGUCAUAGUUGACGUGUACCUAUGAUGAAAAUUACAGGCCUCUCUCAUCUUUUUAAGUGGGAGAACUUGCACAAUUGGUGGCUGACUAAAUACUUUUUUUCCCCACUGUAUGUGUUUCUGUAUAUGACAGACCCUCUUCCUCUGCAGGUUCUAGCCCCUCUCCUGGACAUGGUGUAUCGCAGUGAUGAGAAGGAGAAAGCCGUCCCUCUCAUCUCUCGCCUCAUGUACUACGUCUUCCCCUACCUGAAGAACCACAGUGCCUACAACAUGCCCAGUUUCGGUGCGGGUGCCCAGCUUCUGAGCAAUCUGAGUGGGUACGCCUACACCAAGAGGGCCUGGAGGAAAGAGGCCUUUGAACUCUACAUGGACCCCCUCUUCUUCACCAUGGACGUCUCCUGCACCCCACAGUAAGAUUGUGUUUGUGUGUGUGUGUGGCUGUACAUUACAUGUAAAUAUUGACAUUAUCAUCAGAUAACAUGUCAAAAGAAAAUGACUGUUUGACCUCCUGACCUCUGUUUUCUAUAGCUGGAGGUCCAUCAUCGACCACCUGCUGACCCAUGAGAAGACCAUGUUCAAAGACCUCAUGAGUAAGUAGAGCCACCCAACCCUGUUUGUGUGUGUGUUCGUGCGUGUGUGUGUUCGUUCGUGUGUGUGUUAACCCUGUGUGUGUAUUGCAGGCAUGCAGAGCAGUUCUCUGAAGCUGUUUCCCAGUGCAGAGCAGAAGCCCAUGUUACUGAAGCGUCAGGCCUUUGCCAUGUUCAGUGGAGAGUUAGACCAGUACCAUCUGUACCUGCCCCUCAUCCAAGGUGGGUGUGCUUCUUGUGUUUCUGUGUAUUUAUUUAUUUGUGUGUGUGACUGAAUGCUUUGCAUGAACAUUGCUGCUGUGUGUCUGAGUGUGUAGACAAUGACAUGUGAUAGAGAAUGUGAGUGUGUGUGUGAUAUUUUAUGAGGCCAAUAUGAAUCCUUCAUUUACAGUAUAAUGUAAUUAGGGAUGGGCAUUUUAAAUUAUUUCAGUAUUCUAAUAAUAUCAUUAUAUUUUUUGGGAUUUCCGGAUAGUCGAAAUACAUGUACAAUUUUGUUAACUUUACAAAAAUAAAAAUAAAUCAAUGGAGACUUGCUCGUGCGACUCGAUAGAGCCGGUGCGCUGUGCUCUGCUUGUUUCAGCAGAAGGGUGUGGGAGGGGCGAGAAGGGAGCAGGGGCCGGUGUGUGUGACAGCAGAGAUCUGUAUGUAAUGACGAGAUGCUCAUGCUCAUUAUCCCAAAGGCGGGCGACAAGCUUAGGUCCAAAAUAAGCCCAUAGAAAAGCAUUGGGCUUAUUUUGGACAGGUUUUGGCGAGAGUGAAACCUCUGUGCGUAUGUGUGUCCCAAACAGACUUGCGCUAGUUAGACAAACUUGUUGCUGCCAUAGGUUAUCUAUCAUACCAUCUGGUAGUGCCUGUUUUGACUGCAUCAAAUUGUUGUAAAGAAGCUAGGUACAGUAGCCAGCUACACUAUAUAUACAAAUGUAUGUGGACACCCCUUCAAAUUAAUUGAUUUGUCUAUUUCAGCCACACCCGUUGCUGACAGGUGUAUCAAAUUGAGCACACAGCCAUGCAAUCUCCAUAGACAAACAUUGGCAGUAGAAUGGCUUUACUGAAUGGCUCAGUGACCUUCAACGUGGCACCAUCAUAGGAUGCCACCUUUCCAACAAAUCAGUUCGUCAAAUUUCUGCCCUGCUAGAGCUGCCCCGGUCAACUGUAAGUGCUGUUAUUGUGAAGUGGAAACGUCUAGGAGCAACAACGGCUAAGCCGCUAAGUGGUAGGCCACACAAACUCACAAAACGGGACCCCUGAAGCGUGUAAAAAUAGUCUGGCCUCGGUUGCAACACUCACUACCGAGUUCCAAACUGGCUCUGGAAGCAACGUCAGCACAAUAACUGUUCGUCGGGAGCUUCAUUAAAUGCGUUUCCAUGGCCGAGCAGCCGCACACAAGCCUAAGAUCACCAUGCGCAAUGCCAAGCGUCGGCUGGAGUGGUGUAAAGCUCGCCGCCAUUGGACUCUGGAGCAGUGGAAACGUGUUCUCUGGAAUGAUGAAUCACGCUUUACCAUCUGGCAGACCGAUGGACGAAUCUGGGUUUGGAGGAUGCCAGGAGAGCGCUACCUGCCCCAAUGCAUAGUGCCAACUAUAAAGUUUGGUGGAGGAGGAAUAAUGGUCUGGGGCUGUUUUUCAUGGUUCGGGCUAGGCCCCUUAGUUCCAGUGAAGGGAAAUCUUAACGCUACAGCAUACAAUGACAUUCUAGACGAUUCUGUGCUUCCAACUUUGUGGAAGGCCCUUUCCUGUUUCAGCAUGACAAUGCCCCCAUGCACAAACCACGGUCCAUACAGAAAUGGUUUGUCGAGAUCGGUGCGGAAGAACUUGACUGGCCUGCACAGAGCCCUGACCUCCACCCAAUCUAACACCUUUGGGAUGAAUUGGAACACCGACUGCGAGCCAGGCCUAAUCGCCCAACAUCAGUGCCGACCUCACUAAUGCUCUUGUGGCUGAAUGGUAGAAAGUCCCUGCAGCAAUGUUCCAACAUCUAGUGGAAAGCCUUCCCCGAAGAGUGGAGGUUGUUAUAGCAGCAAAGGGGGGACCAACUCCAUAUUAAUGCCCAUGAUUUUGGAAUAAGAUGUUCGACGAGCAGUUGUCCACAUACUUUUGGUCAUGUAGUGUAAGUUAGCCAUCUAGCUAGCUAAUGUAGCAAGGCUAAUUGAGGCUAUUUUUCUGCGCUCCCGGUCCAAUGUUUCCUUUUUAUGGGACACACUCUUAAAAACGGUAAAAUGUAAUGGUCUAUCCUUGUAGGCUAUGUAGCAAUGUCACAGAUACAUUUAUUUCAGUGGCGGUCAGUGCCGUUUAAGAUGAGGGAGGAUUAUUUUAAUUUUUUUGAUGAGCAUGGUCUUAUUUAUAUUACAGCAUAUUGGAUGACUGUCAUUUAUAUUCCAUUCACCCAGUUCAAUGUAACAGCCAUAGGUUUAGGCUACAACAUGAUACUUACAUUUUCCCUAUACCCAUCAUGAGGUUGCUACAACCUAGCAUAUGAAUGAAAGUUUACAACGUAGGCGCACACAGGUCGAGAGAAAAAUCUGAGGCUGACAUUGACACAUUCAAUACUGCCUUGCACACUCUUGCCUGCAUCUAGCUGAUCUAGGGUGUAAAAUGUAUGUACUCACUAACUGUAAGUCGCUCUGGAUAAGAGCGUCCGCUAAAUGACUAAAAUGUAAUCAUUAGUCCAACAGCAAGAGUUUCUAUUGGACAAAUUCAGGUAUGUUUAUCCCCGUUUCGUUCAGUUUGCUUCCGUUUACAUUUACAUUUUAGUCAUUUAGCAGACGCUCUUAUCCAGAGCGGCUUACAGUUAGUGAGUGCAUACAUUUUUCAUACUGGCCCCCUGUGGGAAACGAACCCACAACCCUGGCGUUGCAAGUGCCAUGCUCUACCAACUGAGCUACAGGGGACUUUUAAGAACGUUUAAGAAACGUUUUUCAACAGAAUCGGCAGAAUGAAUACACCCCUGAUCACGCGUAAACACAGUUCACUUUCAUAGCAGCCACGUUGUAUUCCUUCUCGCAUCUAUGCGCUUGCCUCCUCUCACCUUUUCCCUUCGCUUGUGGACUUCAAUGCACAACACAUCAGCUGUAUGUGACCAGGCAACAAAAACGUUCCAAGCCAAACCAUUUCAGAACUGCUACACAGUCUACAUCGUUGUCACCAUAUUAGCUAAAGUAACGUCAUAGUCAACAUACUGUAGCAAAUAGAACUAAUGCGUUAGUAAACCCGAUACAAUCAUGCAGUAACGUUAUGGUGUACAGUCAGCACUUACACCAGCGGGCCCCGGUGGCAAUAAAUUAGUCAAACCAAAAGUUUACCUUGACUUGGAAGAGUUCCAGUGUUGUGUUGGAUAGUCAUAGCCAGCUAGCUCUGUUUGAGCAGGGUGUUUGAGUAGGCUAAACUAGCUAUCUGCAUUUGGUAGCUAAGUAAGUGAAACUGAAAGUGAUUUUUUUAAAAAUGACAUUUUGAUUGGGUGGACAACAUGUCAGUUCAUGCUGCAAGAGCUCUGAUAGGUUGGAGGAUGUCCUCCGGAAGUUGUCAUAAUUACUGUGUAAGUCUAUGAAAGGGGGUGAGAACCAUGAGCCUCCUAGGUUUUGUAUUAAAGUCAAUAUACCCAGAGGAGGACGGAAGCUAGCUGUCCUCCGGCUAAACCAUGGUGCUACCCUACAGAGUGCUGUUGAGGCUACUGUAGACCUUCAUUGCAAAACAGUGUAUUUUAAUCAAUUAUUUGGUGACGUCAAUAAUUUUAUCUAAAAAGGAUAACUUUUUUAAUGUUUCACCAUUUUUCUUUUAUGAAAUUCACUGAGGAGGAUGGUCCUCCCCUUCCUCCUCUGAGGAGCCUCCACUGAUUUAUUUCAUUUCAGACAAAGCCUUUUUUUUUUUUUUUAACAACGCCUAUUUAAAGAAAUGAAUACUCUCCUAAGUAAUCGAAUACUAAUGUCCGUUCAAAUAUUUGAAUAUUCGAAUAACCGUACCCAUCCCUAAAUGUAAUGAUGAUGUCUCCUCCCAUCCUCCCUCAGAGCGGCUGACAGAGGCUCUGCGUAUGGGUCAGACGCCCUCCGUCUCUGCUCAGAUAUUUCUGACGUUCCGUGUUCUUGUGCUGCGGAUCUCCCCCCAGCACCUCACCUCCCUCUGGCCAAUCAUGGUCACAGAACUGGUGAGGAACAACCCCCACCCUGAUGACAUCACUUCCUGUCACUGUUGAUUUUUUGACAUACAUGCAUUGUUUUCAGCAGGGUUGAGGUGGCAUGUAAAAAGAAACAGUGUUUGUUAGUGUUUGUCCAGUCCUGUCUUCUAAUGGUGUGUAUCUUCUCUCUGUUUGUCAGAUCCGAAUAUUUGUUCGGCUGGAGAAAGCCUUGUUGGAAGAAAAAGAAGUGUCAAAGUGAGUCAGUCUAACCAUCCAUUAUUUUAUCUACAUGUAUAAUGUCAAUGUAUCAGGCAGUAUCUCAUGUGAAUAUCUUGACUAUGUUUCAUUCAGACUUAUUGUGUUGUCUCAUGCUUUUUCUCUGUUCUCCUAUCUGUCUUUCUCUGUCAGGUUGACUAAAGUUGUACGUGGGGCCAUGGGGAAUGGGCCAUUGGCUUUCCCCCAGCCAGAGUUGGACAUGUACCUGUCUGCCUGCAAGUUCCUGGACACCGCCCUGGCCUUCCCCCCAGAGAAGAUGCCCCUCUUUCAGAUGUAAGAACCUCACCGGCUUAAUAUCUGCUUAGCAUCUAUAUAGGGUGUGCAUAGAAUGAUUACAAUUCCAUUCCAUUCUCUCUGCUCGUGUGUGUGUGUGUGUGUGUGUCCAGGUAUCGCUGGGCCUUUGUUCCAGAAGUGGAUAUGAGUCGCUACAAUGGCCCAGAGAAUAGUCUCCUGGAGGGAGAGCAGGAGUGCAAACCCCAUAUUGUCAAAAUACUAGAGGCACUACACCAACGUUACGGGGUAAGAGAACACCCUAUCUUGCACUGACUCUAUGCACACUCACACUGACACACAAAAUUCACACACAUUCACAUAUGUACACUACAUACAUAACACACACACGCAUACCGACACAACACAAACACACAUACACACGCACACACUUUUACACUCAUCAUAUGCUGCUGCUACUCUGUUCUUUAUUUGACUCCUAUUAUCUAUCCUGAUGCCUAGUCACUUUACCAUGCCUUUAUGUACAUACAGUAUCUACCUCAAAUACAGUAUAUAUACAAAAGUAUGUGGACACCCCUUCAACUUUGUGGAUUUGGCUAUUUCAGUCACACCGGUUGCUGAUAGGUGUAUAAAAUCGAGUACACCGGCAUGCAAUCUCCAUAGACAAACAAUGGCAGUAGAAUGGCCUUACUGAAGAGCUCAGUGACUUUCAACGUGGCACCGUCAUAGGAUGCCACCUUUCCAACAAGUCAGUUCGUCAGAUUUCUGCCCUGCUAUAGCUGCCCCGGUCAACUCUAAGUGCUGUUAUUGUGAAGUGGAAACAUCUAGGAGCAACGAUGGCUCAGCCACGAAGUGGUAGGCUACACAAGCUCACAGAACGGGACGGCUGUCUCGGUUGCAACACUGACUACCAAAUUCCAAACUGCCUCUGGAAGCAACGUCAGCACAAGAACUGUUCGUCGGGAGCUUCAUGAAAUGGGUUUCCAUGGCAGAGCAGCCGCACACAAGCCUAAGAUCACCAUGCGCAAUGCCAAGCGUCGGCUGGAGUGGUGUAAAGCUCGCCACCAUUGGACUCUAUUAUUAUUUCUUAACUAUGCAUCAUUGGGAAGGGUUUGUAAGCAAACAUUUCAUGGUUAAGUCUACACCUGUUGUAUUCAGUGCAUGUGACAAAUGAAAUUGGAUUUGAUUUGAACACACACACCGCUAUGGAGGAAGAGAACACAUGUCCAUAUAUUAACCAUGAUAACGACCUGACUCAAUCAUGCGGUCCCAUCGUCCCUUUCUGAUGAGCUCAUGUCUUUUCAUUCCAGACGCUGAGCGAGGAGUCGUCUACGGAGCGUCUGAAAUUCCCCCUCCUCACCCGUCGCUUUCUCACCUCAAUCACCCAGCUUGUUCCCUUCCUCCAUACACUCUGCUGUUCCUUCCAGGGCACUUCACCCAGCAGCCCUGCAGACUACCCCGUGACAGACUACCCUGCAGCCAGUGCCGACCAAGUCCUGAAGAGACUGGAGCACAUCACUGAGGGAGAGUUCCUAGACUCCAUGGACAGUUAGAACUCCACUAAGGUUCUAGUUCUUAGAAUGCAGAGGAAAUUAGAACUGGAACCAUAGAAAUGGAGUGUGUAGAAUGGGCACAACCACUGAAAGCAAUGUUGUAUUGUAGGCAAAUGCCAGCUAAAUUGUCAUCUUUUGGGAUGUUCUUUUGAAUGUUGAAUUGUUUACCUUACCUGGUUGAGAUUUAACACUCCAUGUCUAUAUAGGAUAUUCUACAUUUGAGAUACUCUAAAAUAAUGUAGAAUUAACUGACCCAAACUGGAACAGAAUGGCAGUUAUUGGGCUCUCUCUGAGUACAAGUCUGAAUGUGCUGACUUAAAAUAAGAGUAGUACUGAUACUAGCUAGCUUUUAGAGGUGCCACUGGUCAUAAAAUAGGCACCACUGUAAGAAAGAGAGGGACAGCAGUACUGACUACUAAUUCCAUUCCAUUGCUCUACAAAGCUCUCCAUAAACCUGCUCCCUCCUAUUAGCAUAUUUUGUCUGUCUGACUGUCAGAAUGUAAUGUAUUCCAAUGAGACAGGA